GAGGCGUGUGUGUGUGUGUUUGUGGUCGGGACCUGAGCUUGAGGAUGAGCGCUGCUACACUUAUACACUCGGGUUUGUUACGCGGGCGUGGUGUGGACGGUAACGACGCGGCGUAAAUCCUCCGCGCCAGCCGACUUCCUGCACUCCGCGUUACUCCUCCUUCUGUCUCGGAGCUUCCAGUGUGCGCUGUCGGGACGGUGCGCGUCUCCGAGCUCUCCGGAUAAACUACGCGCGCUCUCGCGUCAGUAAUAAAUGGGCCGGCGGAGCGCGCGCUUCUGCGUUCUCCCUAAAUGGACCUGCAUCAUCAUCAUCAUCUGAUCAUACGAGCGCCUGUGUGUGUGUGUGUGUGUGUGAGUGAGUGAGUGAGUGUUGUUGUGAUCGGGCUUCUUUGGGAAAGAGAGGGAGAGGGAAAAUAAAAAUGAGCGGAGGAGAAAUCAUUUGCCAAGGCUGGCUGAGAAAAUCCCCACCGGAGAAAAAACUUCGUAGAUAUUGUGCGUACCACCUCCUCAGCUGUAUAUGAACAGGAAACAAUAUGGGGGAGUAACACCUGUCUCAGAUAAGCCGCACAAACACAGACACACUUAAACACACUUUCCUUAGAACCUAAUCUAGAUUUCUAUCAGUAGGAUCUGCGCACUAACUGAACAACCCUGUUUAUGUUUUACUUUCUUAUGCGAUGUCACUUUCACUACACUCAAAAAUCUACACUUCUUUUCUGAUGCAAAGUAAAUUACAAAAUAAAUCGUGUAUUGGGUUUAUUUUUGGUUUUUAAGCAUGUUUUAUGCAAUAAAAAAUAUACAUGAUUGUUCAGUAUGUUUCCUAAAAUUAUGAUCAAAUGUAUUUAUUUUUAGCAGUUUAGUGUUUUUAAUUAAUCAAACAUCUAUAUUAUUUUCCAUGAGAUGGACUGGCAACUUAUCCAGUCUGUAUUUCCACAUCAAUGGUUCUGAGGCUUUGUGUCCACCAUGACUCUGACCCAAAGUUCUUCCUCAAGGCUUGGAAGAAACGCUGGUUCAUUCUACGCAGUGGACGCAUGAGUGGAGACCUGGAUGUUCUGGAGUACUACAAGAAUGACCACGCCAAAAAGCCCAUUCGUGUCAUCGAUUUACACUGCUGCGAGCAGGUCGACGCAGGACUCACUUUCAAGCGCAAAGAGUUUCAGGACAGUUUUGUAUUUGAUAUCAAAACGGCUGAACGAACCUUUUACUUGGUGGCAGAGACAGAAGACGAGAUGAACCGCUGGGUAUGUGCUAUCUGCCAGCUUUGUGGAUUCAACCAGUCUGAAGACAACCAUGAUGAUAGGCCAUCGACUACCCAUAUGCUUCGCUCUAUGGCUGGUGACCUAAGCAGUUCUUUGGCUCCUCUGCUUGGUGAACGCAAGACGAGCGUGCCCUCGCACUCUAGUCAGCCAAUGCUGUUUACCUUUGACAUGCCGAUCCGCCACUCCCACGCCCCCUUGUCCAACAGCGCCCCCCAGGACUACCUCCUUCUUCACCAGUGUAUGAGCCGGAGGAGUGAGAACACUCGGAGUGCCAGUUUCUCACAGGCACAGCGGGGCAGUCUGUUAUUGGGCAGUGACUCAGCAGGUCAGCGGCUUGCUCAUGGUGUCUCACAGGGUUUAAACGGGAUGGGCUCGCAACUGCACGGCUCCUAUAGCCUCCCUAAAUCCAACAAACACCAACAGCUUGGGGUACGUGCAGAUUCAUCGCAUGAUGCCUGCUACGUGUUGCCCCGAGCCCACAGUGCCGAGGACCCUUCUGACCUGGAAUCGGAAGAGAUUUAUACCUAUAAGACACCCUGUAAUGCUCUCGCCACUGCGCACUUAAACGACCAGCGCCCUCCAGACAACUACGACCUUCCUGGCACACCCGGCUCUAUCUACCAGAUACCUCGCACCUUUGAUAGGAACCACAACGCUUUGACACCCAACAGUGCAGAUUCAACAGGUGGCCCCCCACCACCCAGACCACCAAAACCGAGCCUGAACUCAGAGUCACGCUGGGGAAGCCCUCAGUCUCUCGGAGGACAGAAUGGAGACGUAGCCAAUGUGUCUGCCAUCCCAAGGAGGAACACGCUGCCAGCGGUUGAAAAUAUCAAAAUUCACAGAGGAUCCUCAUUUGAGACCAACAAUCAGCGUCCACACUAUUUAAAUAACUCUGGUCAAUCAGUAGAAUCUGUCAAUGAUGGCCUCAGCUCCUACCUGAGAGAAAAACCUCAACUAACUCGCUCAGACAGUGGAAAUUCUGAUGACAACUAUGUACCUAUGAACCCUGGCUCCUCCACCUCCCCUCUCAACGCUGCCCUGGCAGACAGCCCCAAGAACAACUACAUUCCCAUGAGUCCUGGUCCACACCACUUUGACUUUCCAGGAUUCUCUGCCACUCUGCCAGCCAGGAAAGGCAGUACAGCAUCAAUGUGCUACCGACCGGCCCGUGUGAGUGACGUCACACCUCCACCAAUCAAUCGCAACCUUAAGCCCAACAGAAAAGUAAAGCCAUCACCUCUGAACUUAAGAAACAAUGGCAUCAUUGAUGAGCUUCCUUUUAAAAGCCCUGUUACCUUGUCCUGGAGCAGACCUGUGCCUGUUAUGAACUCAAUCUCCUCGCAGCACUGUCGACCCAUCUCCACUCAGAGCAUCACCAGCACUGAUUCUGCAGACAGUGAGGAAAAUUAUGUGGCAAUGCAAAACCCAGCAUCUACCUCGCCAGUGGUGAGUGGUACCAGCAGCCCUGCUUCAAGGAAAGGUGGUAAUGUUGACUACUUGGCUCUGGAUUUCCAGUCUGGCUCUCCUGGUCCACACAGAAAGCCUUCCACAUCUUCCGCGACCUCAGAUGAAAAGGUUGACUACGUCCAGGUGGACAAAGAGAAGACACAGGCCCUUCAAAACACCAUGCAGGAGUGGACGGACGUCCGACAAUCAAGUGAGCCGACCAAAGGCAUUAAAUCCUGACAGAGUGCAAACAUGCAAAUUUUGGCAACACAAUGCACGUGCGCCUCCUUAUCACUUCAUUUUCCAUCAGACUGGUGUGCCAUGACAUGAGGGAUUUAUCUUCCUUAAACAAAACAAGAGAUUCAGCAGGUCUUAAAGCGAUGUUAUAAAAUGGAACCCAAAGCCAUAACUAACCCUUGGUCUCAUGAUGGGAAAUACAGCCAUUGAUCAUUAAGGAACUGCCUUCCGUGUUAACUCUGGACAGAGAUUCAUUUUUUAUUUUCCUUUUUUUAAUAAAUCAUUGUAUCAUGAGCCAUCAGUGUGAGCUAAAUCAAGAAUGUGCUUCAGUAUGCGCAUAAAAAUGUCUAGUGUCUUAUAAAUUGUUUGAUUAAAAAUAUAUAUAUUUCCCUUCUGUUCAAAUGCUUCAUACAGAUUAAGAUCCAGUGAGACAUGUUUCCAAGCACUUUGUUUUUGCUAGUCCAACAGUUUAACAACUCUUUGACACCAAGGCCUUCUAGAUGAUGGCUUUAUAAAACUAAAAAAUAUCAUGUUGAAUAUUAAUCACUAUGAUGAAGUAUGGUAAAGAUAUGGCAGAUGGGGACUAGGUUAAAAUAAAGAAGAUCAUCUAGCUUAAUAUGAAGAAAUCAUUAGCUUCAUUUUGAUCGGGUUAUAAAAUUUAUUAAUUCUUAAAGUUAAUAAAGAAUGGAAAAAAAACAUUUUAAGAAACUAUACUUAAAUGGCGCUUUCUCUAAAAAUUAUAAUCAAUAUAACUUAAUAUUAUAAUUGGGGUUAAAACUUUCGCCCUGUGCUUAUAAACAUAAACAAGCUUUGAUGAUUGACACAAAAUUGCUUCAAAUAAAUUUUUACAUUGAAGAAGGUUAGAGUAGUAAAUACUUGCAAUAUUAUACUGAUUAGCCACAACAACAAAACACAAAACAUUAAGCCCAGUAUUGUGGGGGUUCCCCUUAUGCCACCGGGGCGGAUCCGGCCUCUUGGGGCAUAACUUGCUGGGAUGUCUUGCAUCAGGACGUUGGCAGCGGAUCCUUAGGUUGCUGUGAGUUAAGGGAGGGCCUCUGUGGAUCAGACCUUUUUGACUGGUACAUUGUGUGGUUGCUUGGUCAGAUUGAGAUCUGGGGAAUUUGGCCAGAUUAACAACUCUUUGCCUGCUAAACCUAAUGUGCAGCCGGCUGUAUUGUAUUGGGUGUUCUGAUACUUUUCUAUCAUAGCCAGCGCUGACUUUUUUUUUAGAAACAUAUGCUACAUUGGCUUUUCUGUGGGGUUGGGGACUUUGGUCCCAACUGACAUACAAGAGCCUUGGGUGCCCAUAAUCCUGUCACCCAGGAAUAUAAUUGAUAAUGUUAUUGUAACCUUGUGGCUAAUCAUUGUAUAUAUGUACUGUAUACGCAAACCAUGCAGCAAACUAUUCAACAACAUACUGUAGGUUUGUUCAAACCAUAAAAGAUUUGUGUAAAUAACAGUUUACAAGACACAAGGUACACUCAGAUUUAUGUGUAUAGUGAAGCACAUUUGAGUUCUCUCUCUCUCUCUCUGAUUGUUGAUGAUGCACACAUUUAUCAAUACAACUAAUCUCUCUACUUACCCACGUAAGCGGAUGCCUCAUAUUUGAAUGAAAAAUACCAGAUAUGAAGCUCAGACAGUGCAGUUGCAGCAUGAUGUGCAUGCAGUUGCCUGUCUAUUUAGGAGUGCAAUAUGGGCUGUGGCUCUCAUUGAUUGGUGGAAAGUUAUCUCUAGCCUAGUGUUAUCAAUACUAACAAAUGGGCACUGCAUGAAAUUUAAAUAACUGUGUUAUUUUCAGAAUGAUUGAGCUUGCAAUAACAGCUUUCCAGGCAAACUGAAUUGCAGUCUGACUUCGAUUGAUUCUGGGAACAGAGAAGCCUGAAUAACAUUAUCAGUGCCUGAGCAAACAUCAGACUCAGCGAAAAAAGAAAAAAAGUAAAAAAAGAAAAAAAGAAAAUGGCAAAACCUACUGGUGUGUGGUGUAAAGAACAAGCAUUUCAAUUUAUUAAAGUUUAUUCAAGCCAUGUAGCUGAGUCAUGUAUUGAGAGAUCAUCCCGUGCAGAUUUAGCUUAGCAGUGCAUGUCCUCCGAUCAGGAAGAUGAUGAAAACCGAAUCUCUCUGCAAAGACUUAGCAAUAUAUUGAAUUCACUUGCCAUGGCCAAAUGUUUCGCUGUUGGACAAUUUUUUUUUUUGUUCAAGCAAUUUUGGUUUUCAGAUAUGAAUCCAAUAAGAUAUAGAAAAGAUACAGUACGUAUUAAUGUGGUUCUCAAUAACAUAUUGACUCAGUAUGUGUAUAUUUUCCUCCUGGAUACAUGGCCAUAUUUAUUAAAUGGUGCAAUUGUUUGCCAGCAGAUGUGCCACACCUGUCUGUAUUCAUCAGUGGUUCAAGGAUGAGAAUCACAUAGAUGCCUUUUUAUAGUUUUUUUCUUUUUAUAUAUAUAUUUUUUUUAUUUGCAUAAAAUACAUCUCUGGUAUUUCUAGUCUGCAGGAUGGUAGCAGUGGACCAAAACGAAAGCAUUAAUGAAUUACUUGUCAUUCCAGUCGAUCACUUUUGGUGCAGCUCUAAACUCCAGUGGACUCAUGAAGUCGUGACUGCACAAAAUGUAACAUUACUGUGAAAUGUUAAACAAACAUGUGUUUUGAAAUGAAAUGAAAUAGAUGAAUUGGUUACAGUUGUACUGUCAUGAAAAAGACUCAUUGGAAUUUACAGCAGUAAUGAAGAGUCUUACUUUUUAAAGGUCAGAAAGUCAUUCCAAGUCAAACCAGGGCUUUUGUUUGUGCAGAAUAACAGAAAACAGUUAUGUUUUCUGUUAUAACACUUUCUCUAUUCAAUCCCCUGCUAGUGUUUCACUAGUGCUCGGAUACCAUCAGUGUAGAAAAUGUUCUCAGUACACCAAGCUCCAUGGACAGUCUGCUUGUUUCAAGUCUAAAACGCUGGCCUCCCAGAAACUACUUUAAUGGACUGUAAGGGGGGAUGUGGCAAUAACUCCUAUCUGAAUUCUUGUAAUGUGCAAGUGAUCGUGAUCGUGAAUAAUUGUGUGUACAGUUCCCACACACAGAUGCAUCUCAUGCGCAAGUCGACAACAAGUUAUACGUCGAUUUUUCAAGCAUCAGGUGUUCACGGAUGUAUGGCCUUUUUUAAAUUGUUUGCACCAUUCGGAUGCUUUACUCUGGCCAAGAGUCUCAUCACCAUCAUGUGCUUGAUGUUUUCUUUGAGCGUCAGUCGUUUGUUUUCCAUUCAUUCUUGAGAAUUGUCAUCACAAGUCCCGGUUUGACUUGAACAUCUCGAGUUCAUUUCAGAUUAUCAGGAAAGGAAAAAAAAAUAUCUAAGACUUGUGUUUCAGUUUGGAAUAGUAUAGGGAAGGAUUUCUCAAUGGUUCUACUUGUGAGGUUUUGCUAGUUUUUCAUUAGCUAAGGUCUUGCGUAUUAACACAUUCGGUUAUAGGGUUCUAAACAGAAUGUGUAAAGGUUCCUUUAUAAUGAACACUUUAUUCAGAUUUUAAGUUUUUUGUUUUGUUUUUUUUCCUAAAAGCUCUAGCAGGAAUUUCCGAGAUAUUAAUUCACAUGCCAUUGUAAGAGCCCAUAAGAAAUUAAGAUUAAGAUAAGGCAUGAGAUGACGAUUGAAAAGUAAUAUGUCAGUCCUGUUGAAAAUUGAAUGAAAUAUGCGUAUUUUUUUGCUUUCUACCAGGGAUAUUUCCUAUUUAUUAUUAGUUAAACAUGAAGCCUCUGUCUUUAAUUCAGGUCCUUGUUUACUUUAAUUUGUGAUUACAGCUUUUUGUCAGCAUUGAUUUUGGGGCUACCUUUUUGUAACCCUGAUAUUGGAAACCUUUGAAGACCUACUUCUGUGGUAACGGUGCACUGGCAUUGCCCUUCAGCAUUCUGCUGAACUACUGCGAGACUGAAAUCAGUUAUUCCCCAUGCCUUUGUCUGUGAAAAUACAAUGUGUAAUGUGCUGUCAUGGGAGAAUGUGUAAGUGAGCUGAAUAUAUUUUGCUGUGUUAGUGUGUAUGCUGUAUUGUGUUGGAUGACUUGCUCUCUGAGCAUGGUAGAAAAAAAAUGUUCAACUUUUUUGUUUUGUUUUUACCGAGUUCUCUUGAGUAAUGUACACUUUGUCUUAUUUCUACUUUUACUGUAAAGCCUUUAUAUCAAGUUGCUUGAGAAUUAAUUUAUUAAUUUAUUACAUGUUCACAAGAAGAAAUACCUUGUAAGAAUGAUAGUUUGUGGCUUGACUAACAUUAAUUUAUGCUACGCAUUUUGAUCUUUGUGAAGCAAUAUGCCAAGUAAAGCCAGUAAAAUGGUCUAAUGUGGUACUUUUGGGAUACAAAAAAAAAAUAACAUUGUUAUUCCAUGAUAUUAUAUCCUCAAAAUGUUGACCAAAAUAAACUUCA